AUGCACAAGCAGAAGCCAUACCACGGCGGCGACGACUUCCGCCCCGCCGACGAGAUCCGCCGCGCCCCCAGCCACCACCCCCCCCACCCCCACCAUCUGCAGCCGCAGCACCACUACCAGCAGCCGCCGCUCUCGAGGGAGGAGGUUGAGGAGGAGCGGUGGCGCUACCCUGCCCACCAGCUCCGCGUGUCGCCGCCCGGCGCGCGCAAGAGGUACCGCUGUGCCAUGCAUGACUCAGGUGACCUGGAGAGCACGUCAAGCUCUGGCCCGCCACCCCGCCGCCAGAGGCAGCAGCUGCACCCGAGCUACUCCCCGCCUCCGGAAGGCAGUUUUGUAGAUAGGGAAAUUAGCUAUUCUGGUUACAGCAGCCACGAGGGCUUUGUAACGCAUAGCGACAGCAAUAAUGGGAACAGAAAGAUGCCGAUGUCCACGUCGGCUAUGCUACCGGGCUCGCCUAACUCCUUGGGUGCCGGGUAUCCGAGGCGCGCCCCGCAGACCGCCCCUGCAAGAGUGUCCGUGUGGCAGCGCAUCGAGGAGAAUCCCUCAGUGUACACGCCACCUUCUCCAAGGAAGGUGCAUAUUUCACCGAGCAAGAUGAAGAACCCUGGGUCCGCUCCGAAGGAAUUGGCCAGCGUGAUUUCUUUGGAUUGCAAGUCAAAGAGUGCUGAUAGUAAGGAUAAUGGUGAUAGUGCAGGAAUGAAGAAGAAUGUGGUGAAGACAAGUGAGAAGGUAUUGGCUUCAGUUCUUGUGAAGCCUUCAUCGGAGGCCAAGGAAAAAGAAAGAGCUGUUAGUAAGGUUACCAAGAAGUCUGACAGUAAGGUUACCAAGAAGCCUGAUAAGGUUGAGAAUAAUAUACCGGGAUUCACUAGUGGAGGUGUAAGAUCGGCUGCUUUUCCUGGGGCUGGUGGGAAGAAAGUGAAAAAGAUAGUCAUCAAGAAAAUUGUUAGGAAGAUCUGCACCAAAGAUAAACAAACUAGUCCAAUUGUCUCAGAAAAGAAGGAUGGCAUCGAUGCUAAUGCAAACGCUUCUGAGAAGGAAGAAGGUGAGAUCACAUCAUCGUCUUUUGAGAAGGAUGCUAUUUCUGCACACAAUUUGGUCAGCACUAGUGAUACAGCAGGAGUUGCAAACAGUGUGGAAGUCCAAAGGGAACAAAGUAAUGACUUGGUGAAUCUGGGUAAGAGCAAUGCUUCUCCAACCAUUGCAUCUACCGGUGCUCUUGGUACAGCAAGUGUUAGCAGGAGAGAACAUCCUGGAAAAGAAGAUGAUAGGAGCUUCAUGAAUUCAGUUGAUGGUAAUGCUUCACCAGCCAUUGAAUCUACCAAAACAUUUAAUACAACUAGAGAGCAUCCUGGGAGACAAGAGGAUGGGGUUUCCAUCGAUUCAAGUGGUAUAAAUGCUGCUUUUCCUUGUGAAACCAAUAAUUCUCAGAAGGAAGAGGGUGGUGAAAUUCUGGCUGUUUCAGGUGCACUCAAUGUUGCAAGUAAUUCCCCAAGGAUGCUUGAUGCAGUGAGAACACAUGAGAGUGAAGUGGAGAACAUUGAGGACAAAGUUCCUGAGGUCCUGAGUGGAAACAAUGCUUCGUAUGUGCAUGGAGGUAAGGAUGAUACUGCAGAAGUCAGUGAAAAUGGGAAUGGCAGGAGGGAAGAAGGUGAUUUCUUCGUAAAUGAUUCUAUUAGAAGACCUAUGACAGCUGAAGUCAGCAUGACUAUGAGCAAGGAUGAUAAUGAAAAAGAGGGUAUGAUUCUGAUGGGUUCAAGUGAAGUGUGUGUUGCUUCUUUAGAGAAUUCUGAGGGACCUUUCAAGAUUGCAGAAGCCACUGCUACUGCCCACAAGGAAGAAGGUAUGCUUAAGAAUCCAAGAGAAAAAUAUAUGCUAUCUGUUAGCUCUUGUGGAGCCCUCAAUACUCCGGAAAUCAGUGUUAAUGAAAACAAGGAGAAAGAGUGCAGAAUACCAAUUGAACCAAGUGAAACUGUUGCUUCUUUUACACACCAAGUAAAAGCUUCCAAUACACUGGAAGUUAGUGUUAUUGAGAGUGUUCAGAAGGAGAGCCAAGUGCCCAUUUAUUCAAGCUCCUCCGAAAAAAUACAGUGCCCCGAAGCUCCUAAUACAGCAGAAGUUGCUAUCAGUAAGUUUGUUCAGAGUGAAGCAGGCAAGCGCUCUAUGGAUUUAAGCGGAAAGUAUGUAGGAACUUCAGAUAACUCUGUGUGUGCUCCAGAAUAUCUUCUCCAUGAUGCGAAACCUGCUUUAAGUAAGUCAGAUUUCUCCCGGGAAGUUGUGAAUACAUAUCUGCAGGCAUCUAGAGAUAUAGAGAGCACAAAUUUAUCAUCGUUGGAUGAUGAUCCUAUGAAGGAUUCCUCUGGUGCUGUUAAUUUGGAUAAUGGUAUAGGAAGGAAUACUGUAUCUCAAGUAGCAGAACUGACACAUCUUCAUAGAACCCAUCCGUCGCCUGACAACAAUUUCUCCUUCUUACAUUCCCAUGAUUCACCAUCUGUAUCUGGUAAUAGUGAGCAUUCUGUUCCUACAGCUUUGACCCUUGGUAAUAAUAUAUAUUUCAGUCGCACAGAGAGUGAGGGACAGCCUGAGGAAAACCAUAAGCUAAUGGAAGUAAACCAAGGAUUUGAUGUUGUGACAAAGACAGAAUUUGGUAGUAUUAGCAAUAGAAAAGGUGAAUCUGGCAAUGACUUGAUCAAUGCAGGUGUUCAAAAUUGGUUGACUUUACCACUGACAGUUAGUUAUGUGAAUAAUGAUGUUACUGGUAGUACUGAUAGGUUAGAUUUGGACCAGAUUAUGGAUGAAGGUGCUUCUAUAUGUCAGGAUCAUGAUAUUAUGCCAGAUAUGGAACAGCGUGGGAGUAUUGAUGCUUUGUCUGGCCAGGAUGACAGCCUUAAUCUAUGUGGUAACAACACUCCUCAAUCUGACCUGUUGGCAACUAAAGAGAGAAAUAAGGAUAUUGAUGAUGAGACUGAGGCCAUUCUCCCAGGUUAUGUUAGUUCUGUAAAUGUUUUAGAUCAAUACAGCUUUCACACAGUGGAUAAACCUAUAGAUAAACCUGUUCUCUUGUCUUCACAUUCCAUUGUUGUUCCAGGUGGAGAGUUAGCUUCUUCUCAGGUAUAUGUUGAUCCAGAUCACACCUAUCACAGUAAUACUGAGGAUCAUGUGGCUGUUCCAAGCACAAAGCCUGAUCCGUUAUCUUCCUGGAUUGAAGCUAUUGUGUCAGAAGCUAAAAAGGAACAUCAAUCAUGCAAAUCCACUCAACAUUCUAUCAGUUCUUCAGACAAGCUAUUAGCACCAAAGGAGGAUAGCAGGAAGGCAGUGUCAGAUUCAGUAGUCAACUCUGUAGUAAAAUCACCUCCCAGAAUUAAUAUUGCGAGCUCCACAGUUUCGAAGGUACCUGCUAAGCAGGUCGCUUUGCCCAGUUCAUCGCGAGAGCCCCCUCGCUUAAACCAGAAUGCAAGGCACAGGACAUGGCGUCGGGACAAUGUUUCAUCUUCUAUUUCAUCUUUGCACGUUUCUCAGCCUUCAGGAUUGCCCCCCAAACUGCCAAUAAAGAAGAAUGGCCAAAGUCAAAACUCUUAUAUCCGCAAGGGUAAUGCCCUCAUUAGAAAUCCAGCCACUGGAAAUCACCCUCAUUCUUCUAAUCUAGAUGCUCAAAAUAAGUUGAGUAAGCCUGUUAUGAGGAGGAGCUUGAACUUUGUCAGGAAAGUUGAUUCAAAUGAUGCCGCUGCACAUUCUAAUCUUUCAGUUGAAAGACCCAAGACUCCCCCUUUGCCACUUCACACCAAAUCCAUCAGUUGUGCUGUGAAUCUUUUGGAGCCUUUGUCUCAGACUUUGCAGAACCAGCAGCUUCUUGAAACUGAAAAGGAAGAUUCGAAUGGGCAGGUUAUCUCAGGAGUUGAUAAUCCAUUGCAUAGGUCUGAACCCCUGGAUGCUGGUAAAGCAGUUUAUGUAAGACCGAAGUUAAAUCAACUAGUUGCUUCACAGGGGCAACAUCCUGGUGACUCAAGUAACAGUUCCAUGGAUAAGUUGAUGCAGCCAUCCGCAACAUCUGAUCUCUAUUUUAAGAAAAGGAAAAAUCAGAUUGUUUUGGGUUCCUCUACUUCUGAUGUUUCAAGUACAAAAGAUAUGACUCAGGCUGAGAAUAUAAAGUCAGGUGAGAAUAAAUCUCUAAUGUUUGCAUCCUCCAACACUGUGGCCAAGGACAGACCACACAGAGCUCUUAAGACAACAAAUACUGUGGGAAGUUUCUCUCACGUGUGGACACUUAGUGGACAGCAUCCACGGAGGAAAUCUUUUGUGGGAACUAGUCAUAUGAAGGUCUUCCCUCGUAUACUUCCAUGGAAAAGAAAAAUGUUCUGCCAGAACUUCAGAAGCAGUUAUCCAUCGUUGUUGAAUACAAGCUCUUUAGGGAUAGUGAGAAAACUAUUGCAAACAAGGAAGAGAAGUACCAUUUAUACUGUGUCGACUGAUGGAUUCUCUCUUCGGAAAUCUGGAGUGUUAAGCAUAGGCGGAUCGAGUUUGAAAUGGUCAAGGUCCCUUGAGAAACAUUCUCAAAAGGUUAAUGAGGAAGCUACGCUGGCAGUUGCCGAGGUUGAAAGAAAGAAAAGAGAAAAGAGAAAUCGGCAGUCUAUCCGUAACAAGGGAAGGAAUGAUCAAUACUCUGCAACUGUUGCUGCCAAUCAAUUAAGAAAUAGCAACAGAGCAUCUUCAGAUUCCAGGGUGCCAUCAACUUGCAAUGAAUAUGUGCGUGUUAACAAAGGUAACCAACUGGUCAGAAAUCCAAAGAAAGUAAUCCGCAUGCUUGCAAGUGAGAAAGUUCGAUGGAGUUUGCACACUGUUAGAACACGCUUGGCAAAGAAGCAGCAAUAUUGUCAAUUCUUCACUCGCUUCGGCGAGUGUAAAAAAUCUGGUGGCAAGUGUCCCUACAUUCAUGACCGAGCUAAGGUGGCUAUUUGUACUAAAUUUCUUAAAGGCUUGUGUUCUAAUACUAGCUGCAAACUGACUCACAAGGUUCUUCCUGAAAGAAUGCCAGAUUGUUCUUACUUUCUACGAGGGCUUUGUACCAACACAGCCUGUCCCUAUAGGCAUGUGAAAGUGAACUCGAAAGCACCUGUUUGUGAAGAUUUUUUGAAGGGAUACUGUGCUGAUGGUGAUGAGUGUCGUAAAAAGCACAGCUAUGUAUGCCCUGUCUUUGAGGCAACAGGAGAGUGCCCGCAAGAAUCAAGAUGCAAGCUUCAUCAUCCUAAGAAGAAAAUCAAAUCCAAGAGAAGCAGAGUAGACACACUCCAAACCAACAGUUGGGGCAGGUAUUUUGACACAAGUAUUGGUCAUCGAAGAGGGGCAAGGGUAGUUUCUUCAGAGGAAGAAGAGAGACAGAAACGGGAGCAAGUCUCUGGUGAUGACUUAGCUGACUUCAUUGACCUUGGUGCCGAUAUUGAAGUCACUGGAGAUGUGGAUACUUCAGAUGACAUACAGCUGAUGGAAUUGGACUCACGAAAUCUCAAGAUGCGGGCUGACAAUCUUGAAGCACUAAUCAAGCCACUUCGGAUCAUGAGAACCGCAAGAGUUUGACAGGUUCUUUCAUUGUACUAGGUACAGCUGCAGUGUUAUUACUGUGUCAAGGCGAUAAUGUUACACUGUACAUGAAGACUUGAAGAGGCUGAGGCGCUGACUGGAGUUUGUAUCUCUUGAAGACUGGCUUGUACAGGGCGGUCAGUUUUUGCAUGGUUGAAGGUUUCAUUUUGUUCGUCAUGUAUAUCUCUUAGGAAAUAUAUAGGGUUCAUAUGCAGUGGUAGAGCUGUGAGAGUUGCUUGCUGUAAUACCUGUGUUUUUUCAACAUUACCCAUAGUUGAAUGUAACAAACAGUCAUUUACAGUUGCAAAGAGGAAAUGGAAAUUUCAUAUUUUACAUU